UCUCCAUUUUCACAUCUGAUUUUCCCCAUCAUCAAUGUAGCAACUCAAACCCUAGCUCAAUCAAUCGUACAAUCCAAUCCAUGGCAUCUUCUUCUUUUGCCAGUAUUUCACAAGUUCCUCCAUGUAAAUACGAUCUGGAUCUAUCAAAAAUGGCCAAUCUAAAAGGCUUUGACAUACUCAAUCGGGUUGAAUCAGGGAGCAUUAAGUGGAUUGUUGGCCAAAUGUCUUCAUUAUGUAAGCUUCUCUUAUCAUCUUCCCGAGAUGUUGGGGGUAUAAAUGUUGAUUUACCGCAAGUGAAAUCCUUGCUAUGGAUGAGUAUUAAUGAUAUUCAAAUUGUUGGUAUUUGGGGUAUGGAAGGAGUUGGAAAGAUAAUUAUUUUUGUUUUCUGGCGGAUGUUAAAGAAUGCAAAAACAGAAUGCGUUCUUCGCGAGGAAUCCUAGUUGGUUUGGUAAUGACAGCAGAAUUACUGCAACAACUAGAGACAAACAUUUGAUAGUGAAAAGUGUCGUAGUAUAUGAAGUGACUACACUUAGAUUAAAAAACAUUUUGAGUGUAGUCAUGGAUGAUUUGAUAAGAGUUCAAAUGUGAAAUCUCAAUAGUAGAGGAGGAGAAGCUUCAAUCAGAGCGAAACGUAGGUUUGUUUCUUGGAGCAUGUGUAUCCUCUUGAUAUUGAUUGGUUGGUUUGGUAAUGGCAGUAGAAUUAUUGCAACAACUAGAGCCAAACGUUUGAUAGGGAAGAAUGUCGUAGUAUAGAGUGAAACAUAGGUUUGUUUCUUGGAGCAUUUGUAUCCUCUCGAGGUUGAGUGGUUGGUUUGGUAAUAGCAGUAGAAUUAUUGCAACAAUUAGAGGUAAGCGUUUGAUAGGGAAGAAUGUCGUAGUAUAUGAAGUGACCAUACUUAGAUUAAAAAAUGCUAUGUAUGUAGCCAUGGAUUUUUUUAUAAGAGUUCAAAUGUGAAAUCUCGCCAUUAGAGGAGGAGAAACUCUAAUGAGAGCAAAAACUAGGUUUUCUGGGAGCAGUUAUAUCCUCUCAAGCCUGAGUUACAUUUGCUCCCUAAAUUGAUUUGGAAAUCAUAGAAAGAAUAAUGCGAUCAAUUUUGGACUGCGUUCAUGGUUUGGAAGCCCGGUGUAACAAAUAUGGUGCCAGAGAAUCGAUUGCUCACAAAGAUUGACCAUGAAGUUAUUCUAUCGCUCAAUCAAUAUGCUUUCAAAAAGAAAUUCUAGUUAAGAGUUUUGAGAAACUCCCAUGGGAAACAGUAAAUCAUGCUAAAGACCUUCCUUUUAGCCUUGAAAGUGUGGGUUUCUUUCGUGCAUAGGAAAGGUGUAGCUACACAAUGUAGUGCUAAAGAGAGAAUGAAGAAAAACUUGGGAUAAGAAAUUGUUGGACAACUCAAAAUAAGCUAUGGAGUGGAGUCCAUAGAGCAAGAGGUAUUUCUAGAUAUAGUAUAUUUCUUUCGAGGGUAUGAUGAAUAUUACAUCAUAAAAAAUUAAAAUCCUUGUGAGUUCUGGAUUUGAAUUUGCUAUUGGAUUGAGUGUCCUAAUUGAAAAUUUUCGUGGUUGUUUUUCUUGUGUUCAUCUCAAUGGAAUAUACAAUUGAAAUGCAUGAAAAGUCUCGUUUCCUUCUCCGGAGAAUAUACAAUUGAAAUGCAUGAUUUGAUACAAGAUAUGGGUAGAUAUGUAGUUACUAUGAAAAUGAUCUUGGAGAAUGGAGAACAUCGGAGAUCAUGGUGCAGUGAUGAUCAACAAUACAAGUAAGUAAGCUAAACAAUGCAAUAUUACUUAGUUCUUUAACAAUCCAAGGGCCUAUUGAAUAAAUGGAAAUCAUUUUUUCUUCUAAUAUCCUGCUCUUGCAAUGAAUCAUUUUGGUUUUACUAUAAUAGUAGCAGAAGCAAAAAAAUGUACUUUCGAAAACAAAAAUAUGGAAUAAAUUGCUUAGCAAACAAAGUUUCAUUUACUUGCAACAUUUUUCUUUGAAACGACCUAACCUGAACGGUACCUUAAAUUUGACAGUGGUGCUCCCCAAGAAACUGCUAGUGCAAUAACACAAACACCUGCAUGAGGGCAUUUGACUUGUAAUAUAUUUUUGUGCUACU